AUGAUCUCGGAUGUUGCCGUCAAUCGUGAUUCAGUGCGACAACCGGAGCUCAGCCUUCUAAAAGGUGGUUUUCGUCGUCUGUUGGGAAUUGUAAGAAAGAGACGCAACACCAACGAGGAUGAUCUCAUGGAUCUGAAGAUUGCUAUUAAGCGUAUCGACAAUCUCUGUGAUCUACCACCAAUUCUCGAGGUUUGGACAAUUCGGCAGUCUUAGGCUUGAAGAAACUACACACGGAGAUGGGUUGUCAGAUGUCACACCAAAACGAACAGAGAUGACAUAUAAAGAAAAGAAAGCUCACAACAACAGGGUGCAAAAAGACCGUCGUCAUGCUGCAGAGAAAAAAGAAGAACAGUCGGAUGAAGAAGAAAAGCAUCCAAAAGAGAUUCUUCCCCAAUUUGACAUGGAUAGUAAUGACAAUACAUUGGAUUCUUCUCGACACCAUACAACAGAUUCUGAUGGCAAUUCAAUGAAUUCUGAUGAAGAACAAGUGGAUACCGAAGAUAUGACACUGUACUCUGAUAAUACAUCCGUCACUUCUAAAAUCAAGUCUGAUAAAGCCCUUCCGUCAAAAACGAAGAAGAAGAGGAAUAAAAAUAAGAAGAAGCCAGCUUCUGUGAACAUUCCAUCUACAUCAAGUAGCUAUUUGAUUGAUACUGAAGAAUUCAAAAGACCUAAAACUCCUCCACUCGCAAGAAAGCAAAAAAGUAAGCUGCCAAAAGAAUUACCAGAAGUACCGAAGAAAUGCAAAUUUCGCAUAGGUCUUAUGGAUUUGUUUGCUAUUGAAACGGACUGCAUUGUGAUUCCAAGUUACGAGAAGUAUGACUCGUUUGUUUCUAAGACGAGGACGGAAUUUAAACACUCCAAAGAUAAUGUUCAAAUUUUCAAUGAAUUUUAUCAAUCCGACGAUUGGAAGCAAAGAAUGGAUAUGCAUGAAGCAAUUGAUUUUUCAUGGAUACAACCGCAAGGAUCGCCACAAAAUACACUGAACACUCUUCACGUGAAAGCUCGUAUCAAUUUGUUACAUUUUUCUGAGAACCAAUUAGUUUAA